CGGCAGCCACACGUACAGCCAAACCAAAAGCACGCAUAAAUAGAGAUGGUGCCUCUUCCUCAAAGUUUCUCACUUUGCAAGUGAAACAAACAACUCUUCGAAAGAAAAAAAAAGGUUCUCUUUUAAAAUCUCUCUCUUGUGGUAAGGAAACAGAGCAAAGAGACCCCUCCCUAUUGUUUGCGUUCUUUGUUAAUUCUAUGGUAAAACGAUCUCGAGUAUCGAAAAAGAGGAAGAUGUCUAUACGAAAGAUCUACAGAUGUCUGAAUUCUUUAAUCAAAAGAUCAUGUGCUCAAUCUCUAUGAUCACACGCCCCCAUUUCACACUUUGUUUCAACUCUCAGGUUCUCGUUUUUUUCCUCCUUGUUCUCUGUUUACACAUGAGAACAACCCCCUUCGAGUUCUAUCGAAGAUAAGCAUUAGAUCAAGAAAGCUGAGAUUCUUUGAAGAAUCGAGAAAGCUGAGAUUCUUUCAAGAAUCAAGAAUCAAGAAUCAAGAAUGGUGCGGACACCAUGUUGCAAAGCUGAAUUAGGGUUGAAGAAAGGAGCUUGGACUCCCGAGGAAGAUCAAAAGCUUACCUCUUACGUAAACCGUCACGGUGAAGGUGGAUGGCGAACUCUCCCGGAAAAAGCUGCUCGUGGAUUACCAGGAAGAACGGAUAACGAAAUCAAGAACUACUGGAACACUCAUAUCAAAAAACGUUUGAUCAAGAAAGGUGUCGAUCCGGUUACACACAAGAGCUUGAUCUCCGGCACCGGCAAAGCAGGAAACGUCUCGGAGGCUCCGGAGAAACAAAACGUUAUUCAGACAAUAACGAGUGCUGAUGAUCUUGAUAAUGAUCACAACGCGAAGAAUAACAACAAGAAAUCAGGCUUAUCAUCGGCUGGAUUCUUGAACAGAGUAGCUAAUAGGUUCGGAAAGAGAAUCAACCAGAGUGUUCUGUCUGAAAUUAUCGGAAGUGGUGGCCCACUAACUACUAAUAGUCACAGUACUACCACUACAAGUGUUUCCGUUGACUCCGAAUCAGAUAAGUCAACGAGCUCUUCCUUCACACCAACCUCGAAUCUUCCCUGCCAGAUGGCCGUUGACGGCAACGGUAACGUUACGCCGUCUUCGUCCAUGCUCUCUGAUUCCUCCGUAAACGAUCCUUUGAUGUAUUGUAAUAGCGAUGAUAAUAUCGGAUUCUCAAGACUUCUGAGUGAUGAAGAUUUUAUGAUGUUGGAAGAGUCUACUGUUGGGAACACUGAGUUCAUGAAAGAACUUACGAGGUUUCUUCAGGAGGAUGAAAAUGAUGUCACCGAGGUGACGGCGCUUUAUGAACAUGAAGACAUCUUUCAAGAGAUUGAUAACUAUUUUGCAUGA